AUGGCAAAGCAAGUUGGUAAGAGAUUCGCUUGGGUGAUUAAGGACUUCUUGUCUUUGCAAUGUGAUUGGUGUUAUUCUGCACCAGUCCUGAUUGGUGAUUGCAAAUGGCGUCUUUGUGCUUUUCCCAAGGGAAGAAACGUUAAUUACAUGUCCCUGUUUCUGGAAGCUGUUGAUUUUGAAUCAUUGCCUUCUGGAUGGAGGAGAUACGUUAAAAUUCGGCUAACAAUAGUAAAACAGGUUUCUGAAGAACAAUCGGUUAUACGAGAAAUGCAUCGCUGGUUUGAUCAGGAGCAACUGGUCUGGGGUUUUCCAUUUAUGCUUUCCCUUACCAAACUUCAAGAUGAGAAGCAUAAGUUUCUUAUAAGUGGAGAACUCAUGAUUGUUGCAGAUGUAGAAGUUCUUGAAGUUAUUGGCACAUUCGAUGAAACAGAGGAGGAGAUUGUAGAGGCAUCCGAACCACAAAUCACGAUGAAGCUAGAUGAUGGUGCGAAGUCUAGCAUUGAUAUCAAUGGGUUUCAAGUUCUUCCUUUACAGGUGGAAUCAGUGAGACGUAUAUUUGAAAAACACCCAGACAUUGCAAUAGGAUUCUACGUAAAGAACCAACAUCUGAGGAAAACAUUCAUGAAUUUCCUGGUUAACGUAAUCGAGACGCUGUGCCAGCCACUUGAGGAGCUCUCAAAUGAAGAUAUUGUGGAAGCAGAUAUUGCGCUGACAUACGUGAAAGAUGCGGGGUUUAAGGUGGAUUGGUUGGAGAAGAAGCUGGAGGCAAUAAAAGAAAAGAAGGUGAAAGAGCAGUCUGGUUUGGCCCAGCUCCAAGAAAUGGAGGACAACUUGCUGAAACUGAAGCAAAGUUGUUCAGACCUGGAUGCUCUAGUCGAGAAGAAGAAGGCAGAGUUGUCGGUUACUAGAAGUCCGCUGUCAUUCGACGAUAUUCUUGUUUGA